UUCCGCCCCGAGCCAAGAUGGGCCGCUUCCGGCGGCGGGGAGAUGGCGGAGGAGGCGGCGCGGCGGGCGGUGGCGGAGCUGCCGCUGUUGCGGACGUCGGCGGGACCGCGGGACCGGGAGGGCUGGGCGCCGCGCCUGAAGGAGGAGUACCGCGCCCUCAUCCAGGUGUGCCGGGCCAAGCCCCGCCGGUCAGGCUCCCCCGUACGUAGAGAACAACAAGCGCGCCGACAACGACUGGUUCCGUCUAGAGUCCAACGCCGAGGGCACCCGGUGGUUCGGGAAGUGCUGAUCCCGGUGACCUACCCCUCCACCGCCCCCGAGAUUGCCAUCCCCGAGCUGGACGGGAAGACAGCCAAGAUGUACAGGGGCGGCAAGAUCUGCCUCAGCGACCACUUCAAGCCCCUCUGGGCUAGGAACGUCCCCAAAUUCGGUUUGGCCCAUCUGAUGGCGCUGGGGCUGGGCCCGUGGCUGGCUGUGGAGAUCCCCGACCUCGUCGCCAAAGGCAUCAUCCAGCACAAGGAGAAGUGAGCGGUGGCUGGAGGGGAGCGCUGGUGCGGUGCAGCACCGCGCCCGCCCCCCACCCCCACCCCAGCUGCGCCCACUGCCCCGCUGCCACUUCGCUGCUGCUCCUCAAUAAA